ACGCGGACUGACAUAUUCACAAUCGACGAAACGCUACAGAGUUACUCCAAGACCAGUUCUCGCGGUGAUUAUUUCAUUCCAUCUCUGGCCAACGUGCCUUUGGAGAUCUUUGCUCUGCUCCAUUCUUUGUCUGCCGGUCCUGUGACGGUACUCGGUCGAUUGUUCCAUUAUUUCCUUUCUCCCACGGACAGUUCAUCAUGCGAAAGGGAGCAACAAUGAACAAAGAGCAUGGCCAUGAUCGUCCCUCCAGAAAGAAAUCAUUACGAGACGCAAGCAGUAUGACCGAGAAAUCUACAAGAAAACACAGUGCAUUGCUGGAUGGUGGAGACAGUGCCAGCAUGUUCGGUGGCGAGGACCCGUCGACGGAAGAGAAAAGAAUUUCUAACAAAACAAGACGAGGCCUCAAAGGAAUGGCCGGCGCCGGCAAGGCUGACGGGCCAACAGCGAGAAAAGCCAAUCGUCUCUGUUGUCGCCAUGCUUGCUUCGUUUUGACGGAACAGGCAAGGCCGGUAGUGUCGAUUUCACAGCAAAGAAACGGCGUGGAUCGAGAGAUGACGGAUCAGGCUCAACUCUUGUCGUCCGCAGACAUCUACUUCUCUCCGGUCGAUGCAACUGGAGGCAGCGUCGGGUUGAGUUCGCCUCUCGAUAUCCCGAAAGGACCGCCGACACAAUAGUCAUGUGAUACAGUUUCUGCCGCUUACAGAAGGGAAAUAUUGAAUUGAUAACGGGGAUUGGUAAGGACGUGGCGAGGCUAUGACAGGUUGUCCGAUUGAU